UUAAAAUAUCAUACCCAUACACACACCCGUUGAUGUUGCGCAUUUCCGUUAUUUGUCUUAUUGGCCUGCCCGCGGCAGGCAAAACAACAUUAAGCUAUUGGCUGCUGCAGCAACAAGAUGCUGCCCUAAAGGAUUAUAAUAUUUUACAUUUGUGCUAUGAUGAUUACCAUGGUGAAGGGGCCUACAAAGAACAGCGUUUGCAUAUACUGCAGUUGCUGGAACAGCUAAUAACAACAAUUAAAAGUAAAGGCAAGCAGUCCUUUGAAUUUCCAAUGCGAAUACGUCGACGUGUCAGCUUAAACAGCAGCAACUACGUCAUUAUAUGCGACGACAAUAACUAUUAUCGCAGCAUGCGUUACAAGCUCUACCAACUAUGCUGUUUUCAGGACUGCAACUUUGCACAAAUAUAUAUCUCAGCCAGUUUGGCCAGCUGCCUCGAACGUAAUGCUAAGCGAAAGGACGACGUUCCUGUCUCUGUGCUGCAACAGAUGGACAAGCGUCUGGAACCACCUCGACCCAUCGUUAACGCCUGGGAACGAAAUAGUCUAACAUUGGAGUCCAUAGAAGCGACGACUGAUGUGAUUCAGUUCAUCAUAUCAUCUUUUGAUAAGUCACCCAAUGCUAGUUUGAAAUUAGUUCAGGUUAAGGCACCACAAAUACAAACAGUUGCACAUAAAUUGGAUUUGAUGUUGCGCGCGCGCAUUAAAGAAAAACUACAGCUUCAAGAUGCAGAAACGAAACAAAUACAAGGGCAGCGGCUUAACAACAAACGUAAGCAGAUUUUGGCACAGUUCAAGGCAAACAAGCAGACAGAUAAUGAUCACGUCGAUUUGGAGUACUUUGUGAGUGGAUUGACUUAGCUUAAGUGUUAAAUUAAGUUGUUCAAUUUGGUCGCAUGGCUUUUUACAUAUGUACAAAUAUGUAUGUACAUACAAAUGUACGUAUAAAGUACAUAACAUUUGCGUAUAUUGUAUACUAGUAGAAUCGGCGUAAGUUAAAAAAUAAAUGUACAAAAAAUUUCUAUUGUA